AAAAGUUUGACGGCUGGGUUGUUGGUGUUUUUUUUUGCGAAUGGGAAGAAAACCCCACAACAAACGAGAGUUUGUGUUGUGCUCGACCGAUUCAGCCCUAGCUGGUGGACGCUGCGACAAAGCCACAAAACAUCUUCGUUCGUAAUACAACAGCUGUGCGGUGGUGGUGGUGGUGCAAGCCCGUACAUUCCCGCUUUGCCUACCAUGGCCGACGAGUAUCAGUAUGUGAGCAAGAGCAAGCUGAAGCUGAAGAACGAUUCCGACACGAAGAAAAAGCACAAGAAAAAGGACAAGAAAAAGGAAAAGGAGAAAGUGUUCCGGGCCGUGCUGGAAGACCCUGGCAAAGGCGAGGACCGCCACCAGCAGCAGCAGCAGCAGCAGCAGGGACAGGGGCAGACAAGCGCAGCCCCAGGACGGGUACUGACGAAAGCGGAAGAAUCGUUUAAAAAGAUGCAGGAGAAGAUGCAAAACAAACGCAUCGUGGAGAAGGCACAGAUGACCCACAAGCAGCGGGUAGAGUUGUUCAACAUGCAUCUCGACAGCCUGACCGAACAUUUUGACAUACCGAAGGUGUCCUGGACGAAGUAGUUGGACCAGCCAGAUCGGGAGGAAUGCACUGCUGUGGUGCAAUUACGGAUUGGCCACGGAUACGCUAUAUCGUGUGAUGAUGUGAAGAGUUUGUGGGUGUGUGUGUGUGUGUGAAUAAAAUAAAUCGUUCCAUAUCGACGUGGUGCAGUAGGCUACAGCUGCAGAAGCAUUCAAGCAUCAAAACCUGCUUCGAAGGCAUCCUUAGAACGAACGAACGAGGAAAGAAAGAUCGAGAACGACACGUACUACACCGCCUACCGCAAUAGAGGCUGGCUAGUCGAAAGUGGAGCGAAAUGCGAAAGCGUUCUGAUUCUGUUGGUAGGGCACACGAUGCAAAUAAUAAUUAAUUUUUUUUUUAAAUCUGA